UGGUGGUUUCCUGUCCAGCAGAAAGCUGUAAACAGAGUUUAAAAGCUGCUACAGGCCUGCAGACAGUCACUUAAAGCUGGACCAGCAAUGGCUCUGCUGAAGAUUCUGCUGCUGCUGCAGGGGCUGGGUGUUUCAAUGAACUCACAUGUUUCUCUGCACAAGAGAAUCAUUGGAGGUCAAAACUGUAAUGACACGGAGCGUCUUUAUCAUGUUCGGCUGGAGGGCAACAAUGGUACUCAUAUGAGCUUGUGUGGAGGAUCUCUGAUCCACCCUGAGUGGAUCCUGACCGCAGCUCACUGCUGGAAGUUGGAGCCAGGAUGGACUACCACAGCAAAGUUAGGAGUUCAUCCACGGACUGCUACACAGCAGAAACAAAUAAUCCAACACAAUCCUGUGAUUUAUGUUGACCAAUGGCAUCAGCAGCAUGACAUCAUGUUGCUGAAGCUUCAGAGACCAGUAAGAAAUAUCCAUCCUGUUCAGCUACCAAGGUGCAAUAAUCGUCUUAGAAUUGGUGCUACAGUUCAGCUGGCAGGAGAGGGACUAACGACAACCAGCCCCAAUAAUUCACUCUUACCCAGUGCUCCUCUUCCACCACAUCUUCAGUGUGUUGACAUGAGAGUUGUUGCUGUUUUUGCCAUGCCAACACGUGAGCAUGUGUUCUUUGUUGAAGCACUGAACAAGGAUUCAGGUCUUGGUGAUUCUGGUGGAGGAGUGAGCUUCAAAAAGAAAAUUUAUGGCGUGAUUUCUGAAAUGGGAGAAGACUUUGCAUGUCAGACACCAGCUUUAAUCAUGGAUGUGUGUGAAUACAUGGUGUGGAUAAACAAAACAAUUAGGCUUAAGCCACAACCAUGACUAGGACUUUGCUACAAACAGCUAAAGCAGCAUAGCUCACAUAGACAAUAGCUCCCAGUAGCAGAUAAGUAUUAGGACAGUAACAAACUACCAGAGAUAUAAAACGUAAUCUGAAAUUAUUUAUAAUUACUCGAUGUCUCAUUAUAAUCAAAGAGCAAAGCCUGCAGGUUUAAAUUCUACUUACGUCUGAGAGGAGACCACCGGGAAUGCUCCAUCUUGUUGAAAUAUUAGAUGGAUCAUGAUUGUUUUGAGUAGGCCUCAGUUUAGCUUAGAUUUAGACUCAUGGUUUAAUCAAUACAUAACUUAAUCAGUAGAACAUUUUUCUUAGAUAUAAUGAUCAUGAUUUAAUUAAAAUUUGUCUAAUCAGUAGUUUUUUUUAUAUUAGAUCACAUUCUUAAAAGUGUAUAAAUCAGAUAAUCAUUUGAAAAUGUUUCAGUUCAUUAUAACCAAAGAAGUUGAAAACUAAUCAAAGUAUUGUGUGACAGAUGUUUUGGUAUUGAAACUGCUCAUGCGUGUUUAAGAGUUUGAAGAUAUUAUAUGAAACGUGUGCUAAUCUUUUAUAGUCAAAAUCUGCUGUUUGAUGCCCUGGGUCAGAGGAGAGGUCUGAGGUCUGGGUCAGAACUGAACUCUGUGCAGUUCAGGAACCAGUUUGAGGCAGUUUGAAAAGAGAAACACAGACAGCUGAUAAACGUUGGUCCCACUUUCUUGAGUAAAACGUUUCCAUAUGAAAUGAACACAUCUAUCAUUCUUGCCCUGGGAAAGUGUGCAGGGAGGAUAGCUUAGACAGUGGAUAGAUUCAUCCUUUGGCCUUGGUAACACCUGCUUGGUCUCUGGCAUACAAACAGCAGCAUGUCAUUAUGGGCAGUUUGAGACCACCUCUAAGCUGUGCGCUAGAACGCAUCAGACACUAAAGAACUGGCCUUGAGAUAAAAGUAAAUGAGCUAAAACAGCUGGUCAGAUCACUGGGGUGGAAGUGCCUUAACUGCUAUGGAGUGGUCUCCGAAAGCGCGUCUCCGUAUUUUGCUAAGGUACUUAAUUUCUUCUUUGUGGCUUUGGUUUCUGAUGAUUAUGUUGAGCUGUUGGUGUGAUUUUAUGCACUUGAUUGUUUGAAUAAAAUUCUGGUUGAUUGUGAA